AUGUUUAGAAUUGGUACCAGAGUCCCUAGGAUACUCCCAUAUCGUCAAUUUACCACCACCCCUACCUUGAGGUUUUUUGACAAAGGUCCUACCGCUGAAGAGCAGGCCCAGGCAUUGGCAAAGGUCAGUAAAGUUGUUGCUGAAAACCCAGAGUUGUACAAGUUGAUGGUCGAGUUCAAACAAUUACUUGAAAAAAAAGGAUUUGAAACAGGAGCCAAACCAUCUAUGACACAAAUGUUCAAGUUGUUGGCUGACAAAGAUAUCAGAGAACAAGGUGCCAAAUUCAAACACUUUUUGGAAACUACAGACACAGGACUAACCCAAAAUGAAAUCGCAACUGUAAGUGGCGCAUUUCUAUUCAAAAAUAAAGAUAUUAAAUAG